UAAACCCCUUCUUCUCCUGCAAUUCAUCUUCCAAAACCCCAACUUUCUGUAAAAAUGGGUAGCAAUCAAGCAGCAUUAUCGUUUCUCAAAUAUCUUGCAGUAGGCGCAGCGGGGAUCGGUGCCGGAGCAACAGCUCUCAGGUCAUGCCUGUACACUGUCGACGGCGGCCAACGAGCCGUACUUUUCGACCGCUUCAAAGGAAUCAUCGACGAUGUAGUUGGUGAAGGGACUCAUUUCUUAGUUCCAUGGGUUCAAAAACCCUUCAUCUUCGAUAUCCGCACAAAACCUCACACGUUCUCCUCUUUCUCCGGUACAAAAGAUCUCCAGAUGGUCCAUCUUACCCUCCGUGUUCUCUCUCGCCCAGAAGUUUCACGUCUUCCAAAAAUCUUCAAAACCCUGGGUCUCGAGUAUGAUGAGAAGGUCCUUCCUUCAAUCGGCAAUGAAGUUCUCAAAUCUGUCGUGGCACAAUUCAACGCGGAUCAGCUUCUCACUGAGCGUCCACAGGUGUCUGCAUUAGUUCGUGAGACUUUGAUUCGUCGUGCAAAGGAUUUCGACAUUGAGCUUGAUGAUGUGGCGAUAACACAUUUAUCAUAUGGUGCUGAAUUCUCUACGGCUGUGGAAAAGAAGCAGGUUGCCCAGCAGGAGGCGGAGCGGUCAAAGUUUGUUGUGAUGAAGGCUGAGCAAGAGCGGAGGGCAGCAAUUAUUAGAGCUGAAGGAGAAAGUGAGUCUGCUAAGUUGAUUUCUGAUGCAACUGCAGCUGCUGGUAUGGGUUUGAUUGAGCUUAGGAGGAUCGAGGCUUCGAGGGAGAUUGCUUCGACCUUAGCUAAGACUCCCAAUGUGUCUUACUUGCCCAAACAGAACAUGCUUCUGGGAUUGAAUGCAGCACGUUGAUUAGAAGGAACUUCGAUAAUCUGUUUGUUAUCUUCACGUAUCUUGGAAUCAAUCCGUCAAUAGUGUUAUCUUCACGUAUCUUGGAACCAAUCCGUCAAUAGUGUGGUUGUUGCAUUGUUAUCUUCUGAUGUACAAAGUCUACUCAGAGUCAUCUGAAAUGCUAUCAGAUGAAACCGAGUUUAUGAAUUAGUAUAACUGCUAUUCAUAUUAUUGUACAGAGGAUGGAGGAGAUUGGUUAAUAAUUUUUUAUCAUUGUAGUGUGAGAAUACUGAAGGAUGGUAGGGGAAUAGAAUGUUGUUAUAUGCAAUACAUGAAAACUCAAUCGAGUCUGCGUUAGUUUGGGAACUUACUCCCUUUUGGUUUAAGAACGAAGCACCAGAGAAUGACCUUCUCUAUGGUGAUCUGCUCUGUUGAAUUAUUCUA